GAGAAAGCAGGCAGAGCAGCAGAGGCAGGAUCAGUUUGCAGAAAUGGGCCCAGAUUCCUCUGAGACCGAAAGGAUUCCGUUGGACACCAGAGAGAGGCUGCUGGGUGACCAGAUGAUGCCAGCAAGACUUCCUCAUCCAUCUAUUCUUGGUGGUGAAGGAGAAGCAACGGCUGUGGAAGCAGCUCAGGGUCCAGUGUGCUUUGAAGAUGUCGCUGUUCAUUUCACAGACGAGGAGUGGGCGUUGCUGGAUCCUGACCAGAGAGCUCUGCAUAAGGAAAUCAUGGAGGAGAAUCGCAGGAUCGUGGCCUCUCUCAGUGGUGAUGAUUUGGAAAUUGAGAGUGAGGGCGCCCAUGACAGAAUCCACACAGUGGAGAAGCCAUUGUCACUCUUGGAGUGUGCAGAGAGCUUCAUUCACAGCUCCCAUUCGACUACCCACCAAAGAAAUGCUAUUGGGAAGAAACCCUCUCAGUUAUCUGAACGGGGGAAAACUUUUUGUUGGAAUGCAAGUCUUACUUCACAGGAAAUCAUUCAUACAGGGGAGGACCCAGUGAAAUGCUUGGAAUGUGGAAAGAGCUUCAGUAAGAGUACACAUCUCAUUUCACAUCAAAUAAUUCAUACAGGCAAGAAACCCUAUCAGUGCUUGGAGUGUAGGAAAAGCUUUAAUACAAACACAACCUUCCGUAAACAUCAGAGAAUUCACAGAGGGGAUAAGCCAUUUCAAUGCCGAGAGUGUGGAAAGAGCUUCAGUCAGAGCACCCGUCUCGCAGCCCAUCAAAUAAUUCAUACAGGGGAGAAACCCUAUCAGUGCUUGGAAUGUGGGCAGAGCUUCAAUCACAGGGCACAUCUCAUUGUCCAUCAAAGGAUUCACAGUGGUGAGAAACCAUAUCAGUGCUCAGAAUGUGGGAAGAGUUUCACUGUGAGCUCCAGUCUCACUUCCCACCAAAGAAUUCAUACUGGGGAGAAACCCUAUCAGUGCUCAGAAUGUGGGAAAAGCUUCACCCAGAAGGCAAGUCUCACUUCCCACCAAAGAAUUCACAGUGGUGAGAAACCUUAUCAGUGCUUGGAAUGUGGAAAGAGCUUCAGUCGGAAGCACAGUCUCACUUGCCAUCAAAGAAUUCACAGUGGUGAGAAACCCUAUCGAUGCUUGGAAUGUGGAAAGAGUUUCUACCAGAGAGCCGAUCUCACUUCCCACCAAACAAUUCACACAGGGGAGAAACCAUAUAAGUGCUUGGAAUGUGGGAAGAGCUUCAAUCACAGUGUCAAUCUCGUGGCGCACCGAAGAAUUCAUACAGGCGAGAAACCCUAUCAGUGCUCAGAAUGUGGGAAGCGCUUCAGUCGGAAGCAAAGUCUCACUAUCCACCAAAGAAUUCACAGUGGUGAAAAACCCUAUCAGUGCUCAGAAUGUGGAAAGAGUUUCUGCCAGAGAGCCAAUCUCAAGUCCCACAAAAGAAUUCACACAGGGGAAAAACCAUAUCAGUGCUUGGAAUGUGGAAAGAACUUCAGUCACAGGACCCAGCUCACUACCCAUCAAAGCAUUCAUACCGGGGAGAAACCCUAUCGAUGCUUGGAUUGUGGAAAGAGUUUCUGCCAGAGAGCCGAUCUCACUGUGCACCAAAGAAUUCACACAGGGGAGAAACCAUAUACGUGCUUGGAAUGUGGAAAGAGUUUCUGCCAGAGAGCCGAUCUCACUUUGCACCAAAGAAUUCACACAGGGGAGAAACCAUAUACGUGCUUGGAAUGUGGGAAGAGUUUCUGCCUGAAAGGCACUCUCACUUCCCACCAAAGAAUUCACACAGGGGAGAAACCCUAUCAGUGCUUGGAAUGUGGAAAGAGCUUCGGUAAGAGGACCAAGCUCAUGGCCCAUCAACGAAUUCACAGUGGUGAGAAACCCUAUCUAUGUGUGAAAUGUGGAAAGAGUUUCCGCCAGAAAGCCCAUCUCACUUCCCACCAAAUAAUUCACACAGGGGAGAAACCAUAUCAGUGCUUGGAAUGUGGAAAGAGCUUCAGUAGGAAAGUCUAUCUCACAGCCCAUAAAAGAACUCAUAGAGAGGAGAAUCAGAAUUUUAGACCUGCAGGAUACCCCUGAGCCGUCUAGUCCAAUGCAGGACUCUCAGCUA